AUACGUCGACAGCCUGUCAAAAAAGUUUUUCCUUGUUUAGUUUUAUCUUUCAUAAAUUAUUUAUGGAUAGGCUAUCUACUUGUAAGGCGCAGGCUUAGUAUUUUGGGCACCUUGCGUCCAUCUCGAAACCAACGGGCGUCCAGAUCUCUGUUUCAGGCAUUCCGACAAACAACUAAAUUCGGUGUUGCUCCAUUUUAGACAACAUCAGUUUGAAUGAAAUGGAAAUUCAACUUGAUGGCAAAAUUCCGCUGGGAGAAGGUGGCUACGGCUCAGUGUUUCCAGGGAAAUAUCAAGGCAGUAAAGUGGCAGUGAAAAGAGUUCUACUCAUAGGUGCUAACGGUGCUAACCACGAAGAAAGCAUUCUUAACCUUCAAUUUCAAGACCAUCCAAAUAUCGUCAAAUGCUUCCACUAUGAAACUGACGAUAAUUUCAAGUAUUUUGCUUUGGAACUGUGCGCCGCAUCAUUAGAUCACAUGUUUCUAGAUGCUAAUCAUUCGCUGAAAUACAGGGGACCUAAACUGCCACACUACAUCACGGUUUUCUCCAAGAAUCCAUCAAAGAAAAGGUAA